GCCAUCACUCAGUCCCUGAACACCAUGACUGAGGACAUUUAUACCAAUGGCUCAGCGACUCUGGGCAGCCCCUCCCACAGCAACGGCCGCGAGGUGCGGAAGAUACGCCUCAUCCAGUUCGAGAAGGCCACGGAGGAGCCCAUGGGAAUCACGCUGAAGCUCAACGACAAGCAGAGCUGCAUGGUGGCCAGGAUCUUCCACGGGGGCAUGAUUCACAGACAAGGCUCCCUUCAUGUGGGUGAUGAAAUCAUAGAAAUCAAUGGGCAGAGUGUGAGCAACCACUCAGUUGACCAGCUGCAGAAGAUGCUGAAAGAAACCAGGGGGAUGGUCUCAAUAAAAGUCAUUCCCAACCAACAAAGCCGCCUCCCUGCUCUCCAGAUGUUCAUGAGGGCACAGUUUGACUACGACCCCAAAAAAGACAACCUAAUCCCCUGCAAGGAAGCAGGGCUGAAGUUUCAGACCGGCGAUGUGAUUCAAAUCAUAAACAAGGAUGACAGCAACUGGUGGCAGGGCCGGGUGGAGGGGUCCUGCACCGAGUCGGCAGGACUCAUCCCUUCUCCGGAGCUGCAGGAGUGGCGUGUGGCGAGCAUCACCCAAUCCAGUCAGAGUGAAUCCCCAAGCUGUAGCCCAUUUGGGAAGAAGAAGAAGUGCAAAGAUAAAUACCUGGCCAAGCACAGCUCAAUUUUUGACCAGCUGGAUGUGGUUUCAUAUGAGGAGGUGGUGAGGCUGCCUGCCUUCAAGAGGAAGACUCUGGUGCUUAUCGGGGCCAGUGGUGUGGGCCGUAGCCACAUCAAGAACGCUCUGCUCAGCAACAACCCAGAGAAGUUCAUGUACCCACCCCCAUACACCACACGCCCCCAGAAGAAGAAUGAGGUGGAUGGGAAGGACUACUACUUUGUGUCUACUGAGGAGAUGACCCGGGACAUCUCGGCCAACGAGUUCCUGGAGUUUGGAAGCUACCAGGGAAACAUGUUUGGCACCAAGUUUGAAACAGUGCACAAGAUCCACCAGCAGGACAAAGUCGCUAUUUUGGACAUUGAACCCCAGACCCUGAAGAUCAUCCGCACGGCUGAGCUCUCCCCAUUCAUAGUCUUCAUUGCCCCAACAGAGAAGGCAGAGCAGUCAGAGGCUUUGCAGCAGCUCCGGAAGGAUUCAGAGAGCAUCUGGAGCCGGUAUGCACACUACUUUGACCUCUCACUGGUCAACAACGGGGUGGAAGAAAGCCUCCAGCUGCUGCAGGAAGCCUUUGAGCAGGCCUGCAGCUCUCCACAGUGGGUGCCUGUCUCCUGGGUCUACUGAGAAGGCAUCUGACCCCAGCUGCUUCCCAUCAACCAUCCUGCAGCCAUGGGGAGAAACCUUCUCUUUAGCUUCCACACACAACCCAGCACAACUCCCCUCCUCUGCUGCUCCACAGACAUGGUCUCAAUUGGUUGACACACAUGGACACACAGAGUCUCCGGAUCCCCUCUCCCAGGGGAAUGCAGGUCAGGGGCUGCCCAGGAGAUGGCCACCUCCCUCAGCACUGCAAUGCAGCACUAAGUGGCUACAGCAGAGCCCAGGGCACCCCGUUAGCUCAGAGGAUGGCUCCCCACCUCACCAGGCAAGGGAAAGCACAGUCCUGCUGUAGUACCCGGCCAAUCUUCUCUGCAUCAGUCCCAAGGGAAGUGGUAGAGCAAGGCCUUUCCAGGCAGAUGUCCCCUGCUAUCAUGGGAGUGCACACUGUGCCACAAACACCUUGAAAGCCUGGCUGGUGUCUGCAAGGCUUCAAGGAUGCCCACGGCUUAGGAGGUUUUGCACAGACCAUGCCAGAGCUCCUACAUCCAAGGGUUUCCCCUCACAAAUGGGGAAGAGCAGAAAAAGGCAAGCAUGGAUUUCACAAAGGUGGCAUUCUCCGUGCCAUGCCCAGGCAGGUCUCACCCUGCGUUCUGACCUUGGGAGUUCCGAUUCACCCUGUGCAACUGUAGUUGUAAAAACUCACUGUAUUUAAAUUCUCACUGUCCAGCUUGGAUUGUUAUUGCCUAGCCAGAGAAAACUCGGCAGCAGCUGAGAAGUCCCACAGAUAAACCCCAGAGGAACAGUUCAAUGGGUAAACUGGAUCCAGCUACAAUUAUCUGUUGCAUGCAGUAGAAACAGUGUCUCUACAAAGAUCAUCCAAGCAUGCUUUCCAGAGUCUAGGGUGUCUCACACAUUGUAUGCAAACAUAAAAGCCACCCACACAAAGGGGUUCUUUCUUCUGCAGGAGCGUACUGACACAUAAGCCCCACCAUGACCAUGUCCCAGAAAGCACCACCAUGCCUCCCGGGCAAACUGUAGCCAUCAUUUAGGUGAAAAUCUCAUUUGUGUUCAGCAGUCAGCUAGGGG